CCGCUGCGCGCUGUGCCGCACUCCACUCCGCCAACCUCACAAUGUCGACUCGGACCGAGACGAUGCCGCUCUCGGACGACGAGGUCGCCUACCUGGUCGGCCGCGGCGGCCAGACAAAGUUCCGCCUCGAGAACUUCUCGCUCGCGCGCCUCAACAUCGACAAGGACUCGGCCGAGCUGACGGGCACCGAUGAUGCGCUGGAGCGCGCGAGGCUCGCCAUCAAAAUCACGCUGCAGCAGCGCAACGGCGGCCGCAUCGACAUUGACUUUCAGGACAUGGAGGAGCGGAAGGACGUCGAGACGCUCGACGUGCCCGUGCCGGCGGUCGGGUUCCUGCUCGGCUCCAAGGGCGCGACGCUGCGCAAGAUGGAGGAGAAGCACCGCGUCUUCAUGUUCUUCGACAACGACCGCAAGCGCGACGGCAAGCACGGGCCGUCGAAGCGGCUGUACAUCGUCGGUCCGGACCGCGCGCGCGACUCGGCGCUGGAGGAGUCGGAGGAGGUGGUCAACUUCAAGAUGGGCACCGGCGGUGGCCGCCGCCCCGCAAUCGUAGACAACCGCGACCAGGGCGGCCGCGGCGGACCGCCGCCGCGGUACGAUGACCGCGGAGGAGGGAGGUACUCUGACGACCGGCGCGACUACGACCGCGGCCGUGGCUACGACGAGCGAGACCGCGGGGUGCCGCUCCUUCGCCACUCUACUCCCCAACCUACGCCGCCCCUUCGCCACUCUACUCCGCUCCUUCGCCCCUCGACUCUCCUCCCUACGCCCCUUCGCCACUCUGCUCUUCCGCCUAUGCGGGCCGCUAUGCGGGCCGCGCGUGCGGUCGGACUCUUUGCCGCUUUGCCCCGCCACCGGCCGCCGCCGCCUGACGGGCGGGGGGGGGAGGGGCGACCCCGGCUCCGCCUCUGCCCGAUGCGGCACCACCACCGGGCGACGGGCGCAGGUAUGACGACCGGCGCGACUACGACCGCCGCGAGCGCGACCGCUACGAUGAGCGCGACCGGCGCGCCGAGAGGCAACCGAGAUGACACCCUCUCCGCCGCCCGCCCCCCUUGCCCCCGCCGCCGGCCCCCUGCGCCCGGCCUGACCCGCCCUGCGUGGGCAGGUACGACGACCGCCGCCGCGACGACAGCAACGACCGCCGCCGCUAAGAGGCGGGCGGAACGCGGCGCGCGCCCGCCGGCAAGGACACCUUCGCUCUGCAUGGCUGGAGCAUGGUGGCGAGAACGGCGUUCUUGGCGGCGCCGGCCCCGGAGCUGAGCUCCGCGCGGGCACAGAUCUCUACGAUGGCAGUCUGAGCGCGGCUAAGGCCCUCUCAGACUCGCUCUGCGGCGUGUCUCUACUCUGGACACCAGCGUUGGGGUGUCGGUUUGUCUUUGUGUGUGGGGCUGGGGGAGGGCGAGGACUCUAGAGGUGCCCCCGUGGCCCGUGCAGUCUCUUGCUGUCUGGCCUGUGUGCCCCGUGCGGUCCCAUGCUUCUCUUCCUUCCCGUUUUUCCAGGUCGCUCAUGCGGGCGCUC